AUGCAAGGAGAUGAUAACAAUAGCGGAGCAAAGGGAACGAGUACAACGCAAGUGACGCAUGGUCUAUUUGCAGACGAGACGGAGACGGAAGAUCAGUCGACUUGCAGUGGAGAGGUAGAUGCAAAGUCGCCUCAAACAACCAAAAGAAAGUUGAGUGGUGCUGAAGUCACAAUUUCCAGGGAGAAGCCAGUUAGUGAAAACAGAAGCAGAAGCAACGUGGUGCAUCUGAGGAACUUCAGCAACAAAAAAGAGACGGUGCCACCAGAGCCAAAAAGCAAGGCGCUUCUUCUGGUUGAGAAAUUGUACAGAAAUCUAUUAAGCAUAAAAGAGACACCACAAACAAAUUAUACGCCAAAAACAAAACCAUUUUAUGCACAGCCUGUAGACAUCUCAAAGUUGUUGAAUGAGACAGAGAGAGCAGCUUACGCUCAAAUUGAAACAGAAGAAGGCAGGAAGCUGGCGUAUGCUCUCUACCAGCUCAGACACAGCCAGGAGCACAGGACAGUUCUUGGUCAAAUUGAGUCAAAUAUUCUUUCAAUUGCCCUGGGAAUGUCUCUUUCUGGUUCCAGUGAAAUCUACCUGAACAAUAAGAAGCAUUCAAUGGACAAAAUCAAGCAGCAGAUUCCACUGCACCUCUUCAAUGCCCUGAAGUACAUCGUACAAUACGCAAUGAUCUACAAACGAGUCAAAUCAGAGACAUCUCACCCACAAAAUGAGACACAUCGUGAGUUUCUGAAGGAUGCCUCUCAGGUUGUAUCUCAAUACGAGACCACUCUAAUCAGCCUGAAUCCAACUGGUCUGACUGAAACAUACGCCAGCAUGUACAGCAGCUACAUGAAAAUGUAUCAAAUUGAUCAGAUCAGUAAGGAAAUCAAAACAAAGAACUACAAGAGCAUCCUGGUCUCCGAGUACCAUAGACGAGUCAUUGAUAGAAUGACUGUCUUGUAUCUACAGACUGGUGAUCCAUCUGAUCAAUAUGGUGAAUAUUUCAUCAAAAAUGAUACCGUAGACUACGGGUUGAUUCCAGAACACAUGGCAAACAAGGAAGUAGAAGAAAUCUGCUACGUUGGAAAAUACGCCCAGAAACUGCGAUACAAAAACAUCCACCUUCCUGAACAGCACCAGGAUCUUGGUCUCCUCAAACUCAGCCUGAAUCGCCUCUACUACACGCACUACCACGAAACACUCACGUGCCUCUUUGAUUUCAUCAGUGACGUCUUCCUGUUCAGGAGAGUCGACUUCAUCGACUUCCUCUUUGAUGAAUUCAAAGAGAACAGAAAUCUGAAUAAGAAGAGUCUUCUGAGCAUCAUUGAAGAAGGAAUCACCAGGUGUAAAAUCAGAACCACUAAUCACGCCUCUCUUGAUAUUCAGGCUGAAACAAACAGUGCUGAGUAUUUCAGUGCUGAUGGAUCAGAACGAGUCUACCUCGAGGAGCCAUUCAGCCUCUACUGCCGAUUCAGCCCCGACAUCUGCGGCCUCAUCGAUGCUGCUUCAACCAGUCACAAACUCAGCCUCAUUUUCAGAGUCCUCUGGAAAAUCAAGCGACUUGAAAAUCUCUCAAUUUACCUUAGAAGCCACUCUCCCAGAAUCAGCCUGGUUAUUCAGAAUCUCCUAAAACACCUCUACUACGACACCAUCGACCAGAAUCAGCCCAAAUUGAAGUGGAAUUUUGCUGGCCUAGCACUUGAUGAGAUCUCAUCCGACUUCUCUGCCAAAAUUGAUCAAAUCAUCGGCACAAUCAAAAACAGCCACCUGGAACGUGUUCUCUGUAGCAUCGAAGUCCUCCUUGUCAAAUUGGGACGCAAUCUAAAGAGUGGCAUUGUUUCUACCACUGAUGAUGGUCUACUCUCUGAAAUAGUUGCAAAUAUCAAGGAAUACGCCAAUGACUGUAGUAGUAGUGGAUUAUCAACAGUAUUUGCGCCAAUAUGGUAG